AGCGUUUGCGAAAAACGUUGGGAACCAAAUAUUUCGAGUGUUUGUUCUCUCGAGGUCGAGGAUCACCGGAGGCGUGACACACGCAGAACAGCAUGGCUGAUGAACCUCCAGUGAAGAAAAAUAAAACAGAUAUUCUCUCAAAUAAAAAGGGCGAAGAGAGAAAAAAUUGGAAGAUAUGGAAAGAACAAAAGAAAGAAGAGGAGAGACAACGCAAAGAGAGCAAACUCAUCCAACAGCUGGAGAAACAGAAGCAGAAGAAAGAGGAGGAGAAUGAGCAGCAGGUUCAGCAGGAACCGAGGGAAAGUAAAGGUCGCUCGUAUACGUUGAGCGUGGCUCUGCCCGGUUCAGUGAUGGAGAAUGCUCAGUCACCAGAGCUGCGUACGUACCUGGCGGGUCAGAUCGCCCGGGCCUGCUGUGUUUUCAGUGUGGAUGAGGUGAUCAUAUUCGAUGAGCUGAGGGAGGACGUCAAGAGCGUUGAGGGAGAGUUCAGAGGCAUUGGUAAGAAAGGCCAGGGCUGCGUCCAGCUCGCACGGAUCUUGCAAUACCUCGAGUGUCCACAGUAUCUGCGGAAAUCUUUCUUCCCGAAGCAUCGAGACCUGCAGUUUGCUGGUCUGUUGAAUCCUCUGGACAGCCCACAUCACAUGCGCAUCGAUGAGGAGGUGGAGUUUAGAGAGGGGGUGGUGGUCGAACACCCGUGCAAACCGGGGAAAGGGUCCUUCGUCAACUGCGGGAUGAGGAAGGAAGUUCAGAUUGAUAAAAAGCUAAAAGCUGGACUGAGAGUGACUGUACGGCUAAACAACAGCCAAAACAAAGAGGGAAGGGUGUAUAAAGGGGUUGUUGUGGCUCCUCACGUCCCGAGGACAGAGGGCGGGCUUCACUGGGGCUACAGCGUCCGUCUGGCUUCUUGUCUCAGUGCUGUGUUCACGGAGUGUCCAUAUAAAGAUGGAUAUGAUCUGACCAUCGGUACAUCAGAGAGAGGAAAAAACGCAGAUCACGUCACGCUUCCUCCAUUCAAGCACAUGCUGGUGGUGUUCGGGGGUCUUCAGGGUUUAGAAGCGAGUGUUGAUACCGAUGAGAACCUGAACGUCACUGAUCCCAGCGUGCUCUUUGACCUUUACCUCAACACCUGUCCUGGGCAGGGCAGUCGCACCAUCCGCACCGAGGAGGCCAUGUUAAUCAGUUUAUCAGGACUCAGGCAGAAAAUCGCAGCUGUAUUUCAAGACCAAUCCAAAGGAUGACCACAAGAAGUACAGCUUUCAAGACCUUAUCCAUGUACAUUAUUGUGAAUCAUUUUGUAUUGAAAUAUUAGUUUGUAUCACUGAACUGUCAUGCAUAUUCUGUUUCUAACUAUAAACAAACAAAUCAUGAAACUCAA